AUGGAUGCCUCUACUAUUCAAACCAUCUUAGGAAUACUUCAAUUAAAAGAAGACGAUGUAACCAAUAUUUACCACCAUGGUUCAUGGGUUUAUGGUACCAAUUCGACGAAAUCUGACCGUGACCUUCUCAUCGUAACUCGUUUAUCGAAUAGUCAAACAUUCAAAUACUGGAAUGACUUCGACUAUUUUCAUGAAGUAUUUCGACAUUAUAAAAUCUUGGAUAGAUACGAUGUUUGUGUUUACACAGCUGACGAACUUGAAGUUUUAUUAGAAAAAAAUUAUUUGUUGGUUGUACAAUGUCUUUUCGUACCUGAUGAAUUUCAAUUGAAAAAUGAAGUUGAUUUUCGAAAAAUUUAUUUGGACAAAUAUUAUGAUAAAAUGAAAAUUAAACGAGCAGGAUUCUACGAAAUGUAUCGUGAUUGGAAAUUGUAUAGACGACAGGACGACUUAUCACACGAUUCAACGCUCAAUGAAAGAUAUUUAUCAAGACGAGAUUAUAUUCUGAAACAUUUCUUUCAUGGUCUAAGAUAUUUAGAUUUCGCCGAUCAAUUAAUUCGAACACGUUCAAUCUAUGAUUACCGACGUGUUACCAAUAUUUUUCAUCAAAUGAAAGAAAUUCUUGCGAAUUCAACGAAUUUGGAAAGCGUAGCAGCGUUUACUGAUUCGAAAAGAAUGGAAUUUCAAUCACGACUGGAUGAACUUGUACCAACAAACAACAUCAAAGGAUCAUUUGAAGUAUCUGUUACAUUCAAUUGUUACGAAAAUAUUGAAAAUUUGAAGAAAAUUUGUGACGAAAAUAAUCGUUUUAAAUUUCAUGUAGAACAAAUGAUUAUCUCAGCUGAAUAUGAAGGACAAUGUCCAUUCAUAAUUCAACAAAUUGAAAGACAAAUCUAUGAAACUUUCCGAGAAGUGAAUGUUGAACAUAUUAAAAUUGAAUCAUUAAUCACUAAUGAUGGUUUACCUGAUACAUCAAUCGAUACAAAAUUAUUUUGGAAUCGACCAUUUCAUUUCACAUUUUAUUAUCAAAUACCAUUUGACAAAGAUCGAAAAGGAAUGCUAAUGACAAAAGCGGUCAAUAUUUGUCGAUCGAAAUUUGAAUUGAAUCCAAAUGAUUUGGAUUUAUUAGAGAAGCAAUGGAAUAUCAUUACAGAUGACAAAACUUAUUAUGUCAAUGUUGUUAAAAUAUUCAAUGUUUAUCGAGAGAAAGCAAUGCAAAUCAAUGAUGGAAUUAUAAAACAUGCAGCCGAGAAUCAUUUAUUACUGACACCAAUCAAACAGAUGUUUAUGGUUUAUGAGAAAAAUAAUCAUUCGGACGAAACCGGUGAUGAACAGAUUUCCUCAGGUUUAACACGAUCGGAAACGUUUGCUGAAGUGUUAACAGCAUUAGUCGCAGAAUUUGAGACAACAGCAACAGGUACAGCGUGGCCUAUAUUUUAUCUAAAAGUUUUUCGUUUGGCUCCAGUUGCUAGUGUCACAACACGUCUUGCUUGUCUUGGACGAGAUUUAGUAUGGUUAGAAUUAAAAAUUGUUAGUGUUCGAUUAAUGCAACGUGGGAUAACAUUUGAAGGCACUCCUGAAACUAUCGGUGGUUACGAAGAACGGUUAACCUGUUUUCCAAAGAAAAUGGCUGUUCGAAUUCGUAUUCUAUCAUAA